GCUCGUCUCGAAUCAAUGUACUUCCUUUUCGGCGCCCAAGGCGAGAGAUAUUCAGCUCAGAAAUCACGAUCGGCGCGAAGGAGAUGUCGAUUGCUUUGGCAGCGCCUUUGGUGGGGGCUGCACUGGUAUCUCCAGUCUCGAGGUCAGCCAUAAAAUGUCCAAUCGCCAUGGGUGGUCGCGUUCCCACGAAGUUCACCCUUCAAAUGUUCGACACCACAGCCUCGCCUUUCAGCCCAAACAGACGAACUGGGUUGAUCGUGGGGAACGGCUCGGAUUUGACAAAUACUAGAGUCAAGACUUUCCAUUGGAGUUUUCAGCAGGAUUCGAAUAUGAAGAUGAACUUGACGCAUGAAUACACGAAUGUUUGGCAUGAAAGGAAGGACUAUAAUGGCGGUCAGUUCUCUGUCAAUACUGGUAUCAUUCUCGGUGAGGACAAACCUACGGAUAGUAAUGUGUCAAAGACUGGAUUGGACGAGAAUCUUUGGAAGAUCCUGAGUAACAAGAAUGAUGUGAUUUGGACGACAAGCAUUGCGUGGGAUGCCUGGCAGAAUUUUGCUGUGACGGUGGAUUACAUAUCUGACUCGGGCUGCACUACGCUCCAAGUCUGGUAUUCCGCUGGAGGUGACGCGCUCCAGGCCGUCACUCGGCCGCUCGCCAAGGACAACAGCGGCGGUGGGCAAUUCCAGCUCGGGAUGGCGAAGAAGGCAACGGAGGCUGUGACCGUGGUGUAUGGUGGGUAUCACGAAAGCAACAUCCACGAAGGGCAGAUUUAUGGCGGCAUUUUCAUCGAGGAUAGCAUCGGUGGAUGCAUCUCGAAGUAG